ACGAUACUUGAAGAUGGAAACUUUUUCUUUUGUCUUUUUGUCUUUUUCUGAGCAAGCCACGCUGCACGGUCUUCAUUUUUGAGACCAAAAAGGGAAUGAGACUUGGGAAAGUUCAGGUGACUCACCUGAGGUGGAGAGAGAUCUGAGACUGAGAGUGGCGAGGCUAAAGAGGGAGUACAAGCCCUGAGGAGGGAACGAUCUUGAUCCGAUAUAAUCUUCCCAUGGAAGUUCAAACGAGGACUCGCCGGACUGCAGUUGUCUUUGACAGGGAUCAUCAGCGGCCGUCAAGUUCUCGGUCGAGGUCAUGUGAUAGAGCCCGGCCACACUUUUUCAAAAUCAUUCUCCCCUAUUCCAUGGAUGACAUGAAACUGAGGCUCCCAGCAAAAUUUGUUAGGGAAUUUGGUGAUGAACUGUCCACUGUUGCAGUACUCACUGUUCCCAAUGGUUGCAGUUGGAAGGUGGGAUUGGAGAAAGCUGAAAACAUGAUUUGGUUUCAUGAUCAUGGCUGGGAGGAUUUUGUACAUCAUCAUUCCAUCCAGAAAGGCUACUUUUUAGUCUUCAGAUACGAAGGGGAUUCAAACUUCCAUGUUAUUGUCUUUGAUCUGACUGCUACGGAGAUCAUGUAUCCCUCUAAUGGAGAUCAUGAAAAAAUGACCCAAAAUCCAAAAUUGGGAAACCAGGUUGAAAUCAUUGAAGCAGAUAGUUCAGUCGAAGAAUCAGGGCAGCGCAAUUUGGACAAAAAUGAAAUGUCUACUGAAUUACAUGAUGAUCAUCAGUUGUUCACAAAACAAGAAGAAAACACAGAAAUGAGAAGUUUUUCUGACGUGUCUUCAAGAAGAAGAAUCAUAAGGUCCAGAGUAAAAGAAAUGGCAAAGCAAGCAGCCGCAAUGUUCAAGCCUAGAAAUCCUCAUUUCAUCUCGAUCCUUCGGCAAUAUAAUUUAACCAACGCUUUUGUGCCAUUGCCGAGGGGAUUUGCUACGAAGUAUCUAAGCGGGAAAAGAGCUAUCGAACUUGAGGAUUGUGAAGGAAAGCAGUGGCAUUGCGUGUGCCGUCGCACCAAUGGUACAAACGCGCCUUCAAGAAUGGGAAAGGGAUGGAAUGCAUUUUGGAAAACCCAUAAUUUAAAAGUAGGAGAUGCUUGUGUCUUUGAGCUGAUCAAGAAGAAUGGCGUUGUGCUGAAAGUUUCAAUACUUCCAGGUGCCUGAAUCUCAAGGACAAUUGGACCAACUACUAAUUGGCUUGUGUAAAUUGUCUACUUAUUAGCUACUUUCGGAAUUUGGUCUCUUGCUGCUUAUUACAUCUUAUCUGCAGCCUAAUAAUAACAAGUACAUCACCU